AUGUCAUCCUCAAUGGCCACCUCUGCUUUGAUGCUUCUCCUGGCAACCACGCCGUUGUGCAGCGGUAGCACUUUCAAGUUUCCUCGUUAUUGGAAUACGACGUCGUCGGCCGCCUCUGACGUCUCGUCGACCCUUUCUAGUGGGACGGCAUCUCUGACUGCAACGUCUUCUGCCCCUGCCUCGGCCUCUGCCUCCGCGACCAUCCUCCCCAACCCUUCUCACGUCGGUGUUGCUACUCAGCUGGGAUGUUACGACUCCCCGUCAGGGUUCCCCAGCUUCGGCCUCUCUCUCGCCGAUGAGCUGAUGACCCUCGAACUCUGCGUGAGUACCUGCACGAGCCAGAACCGGUUGUACUCUGGUCUCUUCGACACUAGAUGCUACUGCGGUGAUGCUGUAGAGUCCCCCUCCAUUGUUCAAGUCAGCGAGGAUCAGUGCAACAUCCUCUGCCCCGGCAACAAGGCUGAGCGCUGUGGUGGCCGCGUAGGUCUUGCGAAGCGCCAGAUCCCGAACGAUUUCCGCCUGUCAAUUUACGCCAACACGGAAGUCAUCUCGGGCGCAAGCUCCGCCUUCGCUUCCGCCUCCGGCCCGGCUCUUACAAGCAGCAUCACGGCUGCAGCCUCCGCCUCCGCCUCCGGUCUGGCUCUUACCAACAGCAUCACAGCUGCAGACUCCGCUGUGACUAGCACGUUCAUAACUACCGUCAUAGGAACCAUCACCAAAUGUCCUCCUGAUGUGCUUAACUGUCCCAUCGGAUCUCUCACCACUGCUGUUAGCACCGUCACGACGACCUGCGCCGCUCUCCCGACCUCCCUCCCGUGCCCCAACGGCGAGUGCUACCGCCUACCAUGCUUUGGCCAAGACUGCAACCAGAAGGUUACGUGCUACGGAGACUACGUCAGCUACAGCUCCCAGUGCUCCUGCGCAGCUGACCGCCGCCGUCUCGUCUGCGAAGAUGGAGUUUGCCACCCCGAAACCUGCAGCGGAGACGACUGCGGCCGCAAGAUCAUUUGCGAGAACGGGCAUUGCCGGUACUCCCAGUGCCAGGGCGACGAGUGCACCAAGGAGAAGAUCACCUGCUACGGCAACGUCUGCAAGAUCGAGGAGUGCGAGGGAGACGAGUGCGACAAGAAAUACGUCUGCGCCGACGGCACCUGCAGCCACCAAUCCUGCCCGCUCAAGGAGGUCAACAUCAAGUACGAGUGUUCCGGCGAGCAGUGCAACGUGGUUGAGCCCUGCAAAGGAGAUGGCUGCCCCAUGCCUCAGCCACCGAACCCAUCCAAGCUUCUCGAGGCGUCCGGUGCCCCUCCUCAAUACCAGCCCGCCUCGGUCAGCACUCCUGGUGCUAUCCAGCCUGCCGUCAGUAUCGGCCAGUCUACCCUGAGUACUGUCCAGCCUGCCGUUAGUACUGGGGAGUCAAGCACGGUACCGCCUGCGACGCCUUCCAUCGUCACCGCAGGUUCGAGCAAGUCCAUCACGUCGUGCGGCUUCUUCACGUUGACUGUGGGUGCCAUUGCUGGCCUGGGAUUCCUGCUCUGA